GCCGAAGUUCAUUCUGAGGAAAUUUUGAAAGCCGUAACAUGUCCGAGGAAUUUUUGGAGCCGGGAUUCGCAGGUCAAUCGCGGCAUUCGUCGCCUCGAUCAUUAGGCAAGUCAGCAACCAUAGUUUGUAGUGCCUCUUUUCAGAAUCGCAAUAGGUAGAACCACAAUUAUAGCUUCACCGAGGUUUCCAAUGCAAGGGACGGCCUCGUGCAGAGCAGAUGAGUGUACAAUUGGUUUGAGCUGUUUGGUGUUCGUACGUCGGAGAAAUCUCUGUGUCUCGUGUGGCGCGUUUUGGGGGCAUCUAUAAGGAGAUUUGCAGCAAGUGGAGAGAUAGAAGAGUAAGAGAACAAGACCGGGAUGGCUACACCAUUAGUUCGGGGAUGCAGUAUUCGAGCGCUCUGGAUCUUCAAUCAAUCCUUCAACUUGGUGUUCUCUCGGCGAUUUGUCACAGUGGAGAGGUUGUGGAAGCAGGCAUGUGAGCAACAAAAUUCGCAGGAUUUUAUAUACUGUUCCGUGCCUUUUGAUUCUCAAGUUUCUGCAUCUUUCGUUGCAAGCAAGGUCGCAAAAAAUGGGCAUGGAGACGGAGAAACUUUGGUCGACGAUCCAAUCAUGCGUUAUGUGAUGAGUCUCAAGGUUGACGGAGGCCGGCUAUGGCCAGUGGUGGAGUAUCGACGUAGUGGGUGCUUCAUCCUGGUGCUGCCCAUGGUAGAACCGCACCAAAUGGCUGUGUAUGAGGAUCUUUGUAGCUCGCCUGGCUGUGGAGGGGCCACAUCUGAUUUAGGUUUAUCGAAGCUUUUGCUGGAGAUGCCUUGCGUUACAGGGGCAUUAGCAGUGGCGCAAGCCUUAGGUGAUGUAUUGAGUGGAGAUUUGGUGGAACCGGAGCUUUUUACUACUUCUACUGCAUCUAUGGGUAGCUUCUUGGACAGCCUUACAGGCGGCAUGGGCGUCGGUAUCUCAGGAAUCGCGGCUCGGGCCAAACCUGUGGCAGUCCCAGUUGCUGCUGCUGCGAAUGCAGUUGCAGCUGCAGCUGCCACAGCCACGUCUGCUAUUACCGGUGGGAGUAGAGCUACCUUGAAGUCUUCGGAGAAGGAUGCGCUCCGCAGUUUCAUCAGCAGCGCAAUGUCUUUUGGAACGGCAUUGGAUGUCAAUUCUGUAAAUCUCGCGGCAGUGAAGAGCAACGGCUUCACAUCAUUAGAUGUGCCUAUCGCAGAACAAAGACAACCCAUGUGGAAGCCUUAUCUUUAUAGGGGUAAGCAGCGAAUGGCAUUUGCCGUUCAUGAAGUAGUUACAGCGGCCUUGUACGAUAGGGACGAUGUGAAGGACUCUAUCUCACUCACUGGCGAGGUGCUCUGCCGCUUAGACUUGGAAGGUCUCCCUGAGGUUUCUGUUCAGCUUAUCACUCCUGCAACCUCAAGCUUUGAUUCCCUCACGUUCCAUCUCUGUGCCCAGGCUCCUGAGCAAGGGGCGGAUAAGCAGACAGUGACUUUCACUCCACCCUUGGGUAACUUUGUUCUAGCACGCUACGCAGCUUUGCCGAAAGCCAUAAAUCCUCCUCUGCAAGGAUUCUACCAGCUAUCUAUGGUGUCAGAGACGGAAGGGGCAUUUCUAAUUAGAAUGAGAGUGAUGGCAGGAUAUAAAAAUACUCCAAUGGUCAUGGAACAAUGCUCACUUUCUGUACCUUUUCCUCGAAGAAAAAUAGUGGGAGUUGAAGGUGUACCAUCUGUUGGGACGGUUUCCCAGACAGACCAUUCUAUCGAAUGGAAGAUAGUUUUAGGAAGGGGGCUUCCUAAGGGCACUGAGGUGACUUAUCCCGGCACAGUGAAGUUUGCAUCUGACGUGAACCGGCGAACAAAAGGCGAGUUGGACGAUAGUGAUACGGAGUUUGAUUCUCAAGAGAAUGAAGCUUUCAAAGGAGAGGCGAACGUGCAGGCAGCUGAUAUGGAGGAUCCUUUAUGCUGGGAGGCUUACAGUUUUGCAAAAGCUUCGAUCAAGGUGACUGGUGGAAACAUGUCAGGCAUUUCAAUCGAUCCAAAGGCUGUCACUGUGUAUCCUGCCGUGAAGACGGCCUGCGAGUUUUCAUCACAGGUGCUGUCUGGAGAGUAUAUUUUCUGGAAUUCCCUGGGAAGAUACCCACAGGCAGUGCCACCAGUAAUGCUCUGAAGACAGUAAUAGGAGUUAGCUUCAAGUCCAAAAUAAAACUUUUCUGCAUCGAGAAGUGUUUUAGGCACAGAUCUUGGUGCAACAGAUAAACUGCAUUUGUAUCCACCCAGGACCAUUACACAUUGAUCACCUUGAUCAAGGAGCCAAUUCUAGCUGCUCUUCAUUUCUUAAUCUUGUUGUAAGGCAUUAUCUUUGUUCUCCCCUAGUUGAACCAGAAAGCCUAUGUGAUUGCAAGGCGACUGUCACAAUGACGCAUGUUGUAAUUCUGCCUAUGUUUUUAGUGUUACACUUAUUUUUUAUUGCA